AUGCUGGUGGAGACGGAGCCCCGCUGCGGCGUGAGAGGCGGAGCAGAUGAUGCUGAGUGGCCCAUGAGUUCCGGUUAUAUCUCUUCGUGUUGGGCAGAGCCCAAGAGCCACAGAAGCCGCACAGAGCCCAAGAGCCACAGAAGCCGCACAGAGCCCAAGAGCCACAGAAGCCGCACAGAGCCCAAGAGCCACAGAAGCCGCACAGAGCCCGAGAGCCACAGAAGCCGCACAGAGCCCGAGAGCCACAGAAGCCGCACAGAGCCCAAGAGCCACAGAGCCCAAGAGCCACAGAAGCCGCACAGAGCCCAAGAGCCACAGAAGCCGCACAGAGCCCAAGAGCCACAGAAGCCGCACAGAGCCCAAGAGCCACAGAAGCCGCACAGAGCCCAAGAGCCACAGAAGCCGCACAGAGCCCAAGAGCCACAGAAGCCGCACAGAGCCAAGAGCCACAGAAGCCGCAUAGAGCCAAGAGCCACAGAAGCCACACAGAGCCCAAGAGCCACAGAAGCCGCACAGAGCCCGAGAGCCACAGAAGCCGCACAGAGCCCGAGAGCCACAGAGCCCAAGAGCCACAGAAGCCGCACAGAGCCCAAGAGCCACAGAAGCCACACAGAGCCCGAGAGCCACAGAGCUUAA